UGCAACCACAUUGGUGGCUGCAGUUCCUCCUUUUGUGAGAUGCAUCGUCGAUCCCGGAAAGUACUCAAAUAGAAGUCUUCCUCAGCAUGACAGACGGAAUGUGGGAACGGAACCGACAUGGAGUAAACUGUAACGUAAAGGACUUGCGUUUGUCUUUUAAAUAUUGAUUUGUCUGUCGAACGAACGUUAUGUGACAACGAUGGACGUUUUUCUGAUACUUUGCUUCGUUGACAAAUAUUACGUGAAUGCGAACGAGUUGCAAGUAACCUAGCAUAAGUACGUAAAAUCCACUUCUAACUUUCGAAACGUCAAACGUAGUCCACUACUAUCUACGAUGCAAACAUCAACCUUGCCGGGAUAUUAAAGUGCUCAUUGUACGGCAUGUACCUCGAUCAAGAUAUUUCGAAUAUUUUGCACAAUAGACAGCUAAAAGAUGAAUUGUACCAAAGGAUAUCCCAAUUUCAGUCUGUACUACGCCAACUUUCUUAUUCAUAAUGGACCAUAUGAAAAGUACAAGUACUUAUAUAAACAUGAAGAUCACGAGACACUCGCGUAUUGCUUGUAAUUGCUAUUUUCAGGGGACAAUGUGGAACUUCCAAAAAUUUUGGCUACUAUAAAUCCUUUAACAAACAAAUAAACUAAAAGUAUUGAGAUGGACUCUCCACCGUCAUGUUCACUAAGCGCUACUGGACCUCUCAGUGAUCUUGGUAGCAGUGGAAUUGGAGGGUCCAUUUCUAGCGAUUCAGUUCGAGCACAUCUUGCAAUCGAGAUGCAAGAAAGCGAUAUAGAAAGUAAAUCUUUAUCGCAAGAUUCUUUUGAUUACUCAGAUGGUAUGUGUGGUGAAAAUUUUAAUACAUUGAAAAAAGGACCAGGAUGGACUGAUGCUGAUGGAAAACUAGAAGUUGAAGUGGUUGAUGUAGCUAUUAAACCUCCACCAGAGUUUCAAGAUAGCCCUUCUCCUCCUAACUCUGAAUCUUCAUCUGCACCGAUCCUUAGCUAUGCACGAUUAAUGAGACAAAAAGUUCCACAAUUAAUAGACGAUUAUGCCGAAAAUUUAGUACAGUCAAUGAUUGAAGAAGCGCUAAUAAUAUCUUGUAGAAUAUCAUGGCCAGAAGGAAGAAUAGCACCUGCAACAAAUCAUGUACCAGUGGUAACUCGUAGUGUAUAUAAUCCAAAACGUCUUUGGGCAACAGAUUUGUUGACACCUUCAUCGUGUCAGGGAGCUACUACUUUAAUUACCCCAUAUAGCACUUUGAAUCGUCCAAAUUCACGAUGUUCUUUAGCUUCUUCUCGUUUGUCCAGUUCUCAUAAUUCAAUAAAUACCUCAGGACUGAGUCAUAAAGUGGAUGACAGCAGUUUUAUCACCUCUGCUAUGUCACAUGAUGUUUUAACGACCAGUGAGAUUAGUGAUAUGUACAAUGUGCCCUUUGAUUCUGACAUUUAUACUGUACCAAUAGAUGUAGUUAGACCUUUGCAUGAUCUUAGAACGCCGCAAAGGCCCAAACGUCAUAGACAUCAUCGUAAAAGAAGAAGAAACGUGUCUGCUAGCUCACAGAGUGAAUUAGAAGCCCAUAUUCAGCAAGCAAGGCAUUAUUGUGGAAAACCUCGAGCAAUUACACACGUCAUAAAAUCACAGAGACUAUUAUCCGAUGUAUGCUGCAAUGAAACUGGGAAUGGAAAGCGUCAUAGCGUUCCGGGCACAUCUGGUCGACAUACGUCUCGAACAUCUAAUGGUCACAUGCAUAAUAUUGGUGAACCAAUUCACAUGACUUUACAUGAAGUGCGUCAAUAUUUGCAAACACUAUACUCAAGCUCCAGUGAUUCUAGUGAAAAUAAAAUUAAACGCGAUAAUAAAGCUCCAAUAAGUCAUACACCUGUACACCUUGCAAUGCCAAAAGGUAUUAGUGUAAAUAAUAACAAUAGAUAUAGUAACCCGCAUACAGAUUCAGCGAUGGAUACUCCGAUUUCAAACAAAAAUAGCAAUGGACUGAUUCAUAAUAACAAUAACAAUAAUAAUAAUAAUAAUAACAAUAAUCAUAAUGGUAAUGUUAAGAAGCAUAAAAAGAAUUCGUUUGUUAGCAUUAAACAUAAAAAGGUAAAAGAUGAACCACAUAAAGAGAAGGUCGAUUCUGAAAGAGAGAAGAUUAAGAAGAGCCAACGAAACUUCUCAUUAAAUUUGAAACAAACACUUUGCAAUAUCUUUAGAUUCAGGCGUUUGGGUUCUCCGGACCAUUUCGUAGAGAAAAGAAAUAGCAUUGUACAGGGUGAAAUUGUAGAAGAAGAAGAGGGUGUUGAUUCUGACCAACAUGCUAAUAAUAAUAAUACUACCUCAGAGGUAGAUUCCUCUGUACAAAAGCUACCUUUUUUUAAGCGUGCAUUACCGCCAUUGCCAAAAAGCAAUGGGCAUGUAGGAUGUGUCGAACAAGCGGAAGAUGCGCUUACAACGAUGGUAUCUAAGUGUGAAAGUCCAACUUCUAUACCACCACAAAUGCCUCUACCUGCGCCAAAAGUCGAGGACGAACCGGCAGAAGAUACCAGUAUGGAUUUUGCUGCUAGUAUUGAAAAAGUAAAAGAUUAUGGAUGGUAUUGGGGCCCAAUAUCUGGUGAAGCUGCAGAGAAGAUACUGUCGAAUGAACCAGACGGGUCAUUCAUUGUACGAGACAGUAGCGAUGAUCAUUAUAUUUUUUCCUUAUCAUUUAGACUUAACAGCUGUGUGCGACAUGUAAGAAUAGAGCACGAUCAGGGUAAUUUCAGCUUUGGAAGUUGCACAAAAUUCAAGUCUCAUACAAUUGUCGACUUUAUCGAGAAUGCGGUAGAACAUUCACGUAGUGGACGGUAUUUGUUUUUUCUUCAUCGACGGCCAGUGUUAGGUCCAAUGCGUGUGCAACUUCUUCACCCAGUGUCAAGAUUUAAACAGGUUCAAAGUUUACAGCAUACAUGCAGAUUUGUUAUUUUGAAGAUGGUACGCAGGGAUCUUAUUCCCACUCUACCUCUGCCUCGGCGGCUCAUUGAUUACCUGAGCACGCCUCAUUACUACAGUGAACAGUUAGCUGAACAGGACGAUAGAGCUGAAUCUCCUGUUAGUUCUUCAACUGGUGAAUUAGAGAAGAUUUGUUUCACACCACAAGGCCUAUCGUGAGGUACAAAUAUAUAAUCUUUUGUCCUUCAUUUUUGUGAAAUACUUGCCAAAUGUUUAGUAUGUAUGGUUUAAGAUUUAAGAUUUCACACAAUUUCGUUCCAUAUGAUUUUGUUAAAGAAUAUUACGAUUAAAUAUGGGAAUAACCUAUUUUUACAUAUAUUAUACGUUAAAUUAAAUUUGAAAUAUACAAUUUUUAUAUCUGUUUGAAAAGAAGGGUAAUCCGUUCCACGCAGUUCGUAUAUAGAAAAAUAUAGUUAAUCGCAUAAAAGUACUAAACGAAUUGGAAAACAAAAGGUAAAAUUACUUCGAUGAUAAUUUUCAAUCAGAAUUCAUAUUGAAACGAUUAAAAAUGCACAAGUAGAUUGAUAUCAGAUCUUGAAUUUUUGAUUUUCUCAUUUUGUCAUAAAAUGAUUUCCAGAGCACUUAUAUAAUAAUCUCAACAAAUUCUAUGUUAUCAGUUUUAAUAUAAGUUCCUGUUUUUUAUUUUAAAAUACCUUUACAAGUUCAUACGAUGCAAUGAAUGUAUAAUAUUCAUAUAUGUAUAAUGAUGCAAAACGGUGAUCGAAUAACUCCUUCUUGCGUGCCAUAUAUCUCAUACUACUCUGUUCAUAUAGACAUUAAAAUCAUAAUGUUCUUUAUUCAUUGGUUUUUGGCUAAUAAAUUAUGCUUUUGCCAGAGAUUAUUCAGUUAUGCAUUUCACUACUUUCUGUAAAAGUUUAAAACAUGUUUUUUAACGUAAAUAGAAAGAAUAUGAAUAUAAUUAAUCUACUUCCUACAUUUGACGUUCCACUUUAUUGAAUGAUCAAUAUAGAGUCAAUAAAUAAUUUUAAAUAUGAUGCACAUGCAAGCAAUUAUGGAAAAAUGCUGUAGACUAACACAUUAUAUCGAGGUAUAAUCUGGCAUAUAUAAAAAUCAGUUAUAUCUGUCAACUGUAGAAAAUCUCAAUAUUAAUCAGUUCAACAUGUUGUUAUAUCGUGUUUUAAGUUUAGAAGUAGCUGCCACAGACUGAUUAACUUAGACAAAAUAUUCAACGAAUUAAUGGAAUCAUAAUAUAGUAUAAAUAUUUUCAUUCAAGCAUCAAUCGUAUUUUUCCGCAAAUUAUUAUCAUAAUCAUUUCCAAGAAUAAUCUUUGGAUGGAACAUGUUAUUUUAGAUUGCUUUAUAAUGUAAAUAUUUUUGUGUACAUUACUUGAUUUUAUAGAAUAAUUAAAUCGCCAGGAAUUUAUUAAUAUCUGGCACAUUAGAUAUAUAUAUAUAUUUUGUGAUUCUUUAAGUCUAUAAAGGAUAAUUAAUAUAUGAUGUGCAAUCUUUUAAAUGUAUUACACUUGUUUGCAUUCUUUAUAGCCAAUUUUAAAAUAAGGUUUAAUGAUAUUUACCUUGAAAGGGUAAGAGCUUCUUUGUUAAAACUGAUUAGCGACUGGUGCUAUAUAAAAUUAUAAAUUAUAGAAUUCUGAUUCCUUAAAUUAUACAGUUGAAUCAAGAUAAUCCAAGUCACUGUUUAUUCUUGUGCUCAGAUAAACUUAGCAAGAUUACAUCGUGCAAUGCACUUGAUCGAAUUUAGUUAUAUUAAAUAUUUAAUUUUUUAUAAGUGGUAGUUUUACCUAUGUAAAUGAUUUUUUUCUUUUAAUUCGGAUAAAGUUUCCGAAACUUACAUUCUCGAAUUAUAUUUGAUUUGCAAUUAUUAUAUAGAUUUUAGAUUGUAGCUUAAUAUUAAGAAUUUAUAUAAGUCAAGUGAAAAGUUUUCAAUUUACAAUUUUGACUAACCAAAUGGAAAAGUAGAAAGGAGCUUCAGAUAAGAUUUAGUAAAUUGUAAUGAUACAUAUUUUUAUUUUUGUCCCUUACCUCUGAAGAGAUGUAUAAACUCAUCUUCAGAAACAGAGACAUUACUUUGAUAAAUUUUGUAUUGUGUAAUGUUAUACAGAGCUCGCUAUGAAGCAUUGAUAUAAAGAUAGAUUUUUCAAGAAAGGGGAAAGUUUUUAUACAAAAUGUGUACUAACUGUUACUAGAAAAAUUUAUUAACGAAUCUUUGUUUUACUUUAUCUUUAAAUUGCUUUUACUGUGCAGCUUCAUGAAUCAUGGAAUAGCAAGGGCCACAUAUACAUACAUAUUGCUCAGAAGUUUUUGUUGCACUUUCGUGAACUUUGCAGUACUAAAUAAACAAAUUUUAUACUCAAUAUUCACGUGGUAGAUUUUGCAAUAUAAUUACUAUUACCAGAUUGUCUGACAAGACUAUGUCUAAGGAUAAAUCUAAACAUAUGUGAAGCAUGUGCGUAUAAUUAAUGGUUAAAGGCACCAUGAUACCUCAGCCACAGCGGCAGGUAUAUAGAGCAGAAUUAGUACCAUUUUAUAACAAAUGUAUUUUACAUUAAUAUAAGUUGCACAUAUGUAUUCUUGUGAAGAAAUUAGCAUUAUUGAAAAAUAUCAAUACUUUAUUUGAUUAUGUUUCACUAUUAUUAACAUCAAAAUUAAAAAAAAAAAGAAAAAAAAAA